AUGCGCUCAGAAGGGGGUAUUAAAGCGAUUGAAGCGGCUAUGACAAAGCUAGCAGCCACCCACAAAGAAUGCAUUCGUGUUUAUGACCCUCAUGAUGGUGAAGACAACAAGUACAGACUAACUGGCAAGCAUGAGACAAGCUCGUAUGAUAAAUUCAGUUGGGGAGUGGCCAACCGAGCCGCUUCCGUUCGCUUACCUCGAAGUGUUGUCAUUAAUAAAAAGGCAAGUAAACUGCAUGAGCCGAUCGAUAGUAUAUCUUUUGAACAAGAUCUGUUCCUCUUAUUGUACUAUAAGGCCGAACUCGCAGUCGCAAUCUCUUCACGAUAA